GCCGAGCAGCUCUUGGGUGGAGAGACCUGCGAGACCAACUUCCUCGAGAGCUCUGACUGGCCCUUGAACUCCUUGGACCUUCAUCUCAGUUUGCAUUCCACGCUUGCUCUCCGCUCCUCUUCUGACUGCCAUGUUAUAUUCAAGGCAGAAGACUACAUCUCAAGACCCUUGGAGGCCAGCUGGGUGCCGGUGCCAGAAUCGGAAUUGCUGCAAGAUUCAUUCCAAUUGAGAAUUGCAGCCCUUGGUUUGCAUGUUGCAAGCACUUUGGAGCCUGUAGCCGCCUUGCGUGAAGUUGCCAGGGCUGGGGAGGGCAGUAGUAUUGACAUAUCGUAUUUCGGACAUCCUUGCUACGGCCGACCUGGAGACAAGACACUGAAGCAUGCUUGCGUCUACAAAUGUCAGAUGCUUGGUUCACCUUGUGAGGACGAUCCAAUUGCAGAGCUGCUAAAAAGCAUGUUCAAUAGUUCCGGCUUUUACGAGGAGGUAGCUUGGUCACCGCAAGAAGCGUUGGAAGUUCUCGGACACGAAUGGCGAAGACAGUCUUCGCUGGCUGAAGCGGACUUAAUUGUUUGUUCUGGCCCAUUGGCUCUAUGCUAUCUCGUUGACAUUUUGGCACCAGCAACUUUCAUGGUAAUGACGCUUUGCUCGCAACUGCUUUGGGGUGCACCCCCUGGUGAGCAUGUUGGCACCAUGUUGCUGGGACAGGUUCGGCUGAUGUCACACAACCCACGGCGCGCAUUGGUUGCAUGCAAUCUCUUUGCAGCUUCACAGUGCCUCUACCAGACUGGUGUAGAACUUCCUGUUGUAGAGCGUGUGGCGCACUACCUUCCUCACGGAGUCUAUUGGGGUUCUACAGGCGCAGAAAGCCACUGGAAGGAGGUGUUGGUUCUUCGGGCUCGCUACUGGCAUCGACUUCCAGGGCAAUAUUUCAUGGAUGUGCUUGAGGCCUUCCUCAGAACGAAUGAAUUUGGUCACAACUUCACCUUUGUCAUGGCUGCCUCUUUUGGUCCCGACGAACUACCGCCUGAAGAGAUUGCUCGGUAUAGAGCGGCUGUUCUUGUCCCAAAUGACCUGACUGUCUUCGCCUUCAUAGAGGUGUAUGCGUUGGGUGUACCCACCUUUGUGCCGCUGCCCUCUUGGUUGUACCGAUUGCGCAGGGCAGCACCUUUUGGCUUUCUCCAGCGUUCGCUCUCACUGCCAGACCUCACAGGAGUUCGUGACCGCUUCAAGUAUCCGCCAUUCCUCAGCAAUGACCGUGAAGACUUCGCGGCGUUUCUGCAUUGGCAGCAGACAUCGGAACUGCACACCAGGCCACACGUUCAACAAUUUGGGAGCGUACCGCACUUGCUGUACAUUACGGCUUCAGCAGAUUUGUUGGCCAUAAGCAAGGGAAUGAAGGAGUAUAACUCGCAGCUGCGAAAUAUAUCGGCAACAUGUUGGAGCUCGGUCUUGCAACGGUUCAGUGGGUCUUCACGUGCAACUCCUGUGGGCAUUGUUAGCUCCAUGCAAACUGCAGCUACAAGCUGGGUGGAUGCUGGAGGCACUGGCCUUCAGGCAGUGUUGGAUUGCAGCUCAGACGAGUACGGGGCAUGGAAUGCCUUCCGUCUAGAAUUCCAGAGCAAUGCAGCUCUUGGCUUCGUGGUGAACUGGGAGCUUCAGGUCACUUCUGCCAUAGUGACGCCUGCAAAGUGCCCAGUAUUGUCAACACUAGUAGCUUCUUAUUGCUAGUAGUAAUCGCCUCCAACCCAAUUAAUAGCGAUGGCCUCCACCUAGUAGCUUUUUGUUACUAGUAGCUUUUGUAUGUGGUUUAUUUCCAAUUCUAGCUUCUUCUCUUAGACGUUUUCAGACACGCUGGACUGUUACGAGUAUCCACGAAGAAGACAAAAGUUUUUGGCAUUUAUCGAUGCGCCUGUGGUUGUGUAAAUUCUCUAUAUACUGCUUCAUUUGGUCACAAUGUGCUUUUGAAGGGACAAGGUGUGGUACUGGACUUACAAAUGUGAGAUACUGAAACAGAGAAUGCAACGUCACUGAAAGGAACAAAGUGGACGCAAUGCAAGCAGUGUGGGAACAAGGUAGAAACAAAAGCUGGUGUAUCCCGAGCGGUGGGUCCAUCAAGAACUCAAGAGAGGAGUCGAGACGAGUCGAACAGCAGCCUUCCUUGCCACUCAAGAGUCCUCCCAUCCACUCCAGGCCAUGGCCCAGUCGUUGUGGAAUUCAGUGCAAGGAUUGCCUGAGAAUUUUGCUGCUGCAUCUGCACUAUUCCAUCAGGUGCUCUUAGGCGAUGCCCCGCCCGGUUUGGUGCUGAGUUCUGGGCAUUGUCACUAUGGCCUAGUGUCGGCAUUGUUUAUUCUUGCGCGACACAGAAAAACAAAAGCAGAUACAGCUGAGCUUGCCAUGCGAAUGCUGGGUGGCUUCGCAGCUCUGGAUUUCUUGGAAGACUCAGCAUGGCCACUCUCUUCUUUGGUACCUUGGC